AUGUCUCGCUAUGAUGACUACCGCUCGUCAACGGGGACACUGAACUCUCGCGAUCGAUAUGAUCGAUACUCACGGGGCCCCCCCGUGGCCGAACGACCCCGCCAUGUCGAAGAGCGCUUUGAAUCACGCCUCCACGAGGAAGAUCGAUAUGGACCCCCUGCUCGUGCACCCGGGAGACUCUAUGAGGAUGACCAUCUAGAUCACCAACCGCCUUCCAUGUCUCUUGUGGCGCAUGACCGGCGUCGGCGCGGUGACGAUAGUCCCUCAUUCAGUCGUCCUCAACUUCUUAGGCGGCAGUCGUCUUUGGAUACCUUUGACCGCAUACCAAGGCGCAAUAUGGAACACUUUGAUGCCCGAGAUGUUGGACCCCGCGCUCCCCGUGUACCUCUCGUUGCUCCGCCUCGUCACCUCCCCUCUCCGGGCCGUUAUCGCGAACGGGAAGUCUACGAAGAUAUAAGGAUCGCCGAACCCGACUACUAUGGUGAUGAAGAAUUUAGAGAUAUCAGUGAGCGAGAUAUGGUUGAUCGUCGCCGCCGGUCUAGCAGUACCCUUCGCAGACAUCAUGAGGAGAAACCUUACCCACGCAAAGGGAAGACCCGUGUUCCUCGUCACCUUGCUCAUAUUCACGCCAUCAUGGAUCUAGGGUACCCGUUCAAGGAAGAGGAUGAUGUGAUCGUCAUUCAAAAGGCAUUGUCGAAGGAACAAAUCGACGAAGUUCUUAGCUUGAGCCGCGAGUUCAGGCGGCCUCCGUCCGUGGAAGCCGAAUAUGUCGAAUUUGCUCCAUCUCCUCCGCUAAGGGAACGUACACGCGAGCGGGUGACGACAGAACACUUGCGUGUUGAUGCUUCUCCCCGCACGAGCCAGGCAUUCAUCGUGGAAGCAUCACCCUCCCGACACAGGUCACGGUCACGCCACUAUGCAGAUGAGUACGAGGAGAUUGUCGAGAGGCCGCGCAGGCGAGGGAUCUCUCGGCGACGAGCUGUAUCAGUCCAUGACCGCGGACCCCGUAUCUUGUCUCCCGUUGAGUACAUCGAAGAGCGGGAAUUGGAUAGUCCUCGUACGAGCUCGAUGGUUGUCGUUCGUCCACGGGACAGCGAUGACGACGUGAAUGAGUACAUUCGCAAUCUGGAAGAGGAGACAAGACUUCUUCGUAUAGAGAGGCAGGGUGGGAUUGAGAUCACUCGGCAACGCGAAACAGAUAUCAUUGACGAAAGAGGCAACCAGGAGGAGGUUACUGAGGUCCGGAGGCAGGAGCGCUCAGAACCCAACUCCCGCAUCAUGCGUGCUAUGAUGGCCACUCUGACCUAA